GUUGCCUCGCAAUACUUUCGUGUCUAUCUUUCGUUUCGUUGAGCCACAUUUAUUGCGAGUGGCCGGUCAGAGUAAAGACAAAUAUCAAACAGAGGUGCCGAAACCCGGAAAUUCGUAUCGCCCGGUAGAAAUAACGUCGCGUCGUGCUUGUCGAAGUGUGUGAAAAAAUAGUGUCGAUAACACAUCUGCCAAUUGCUCUGCUGCGUUAAUCUUGUCGGGCUCAGGAUCGCAAUCUUCGUCUCAGGGAUAAGACGAAAACCAGCACCCACGUGCCAAGUAAUAUACGAGGUUUUAUCUCGUGUCGAUAUCGCUACACGUGCAUUGUACAAUAUCACCACAUCUUAAAGAGUUCAUCGGUACAGGGAAUUCGUGAUAUUAAAUGAAUCCAGCUGAGCUCAACUAUCAACCAGUGGCGACGUUCGAGAAAUACGAGAAGGAAAAUCAUAAAAUGGAAAAAGGAAAUCCUGUGUGGCAAUUUCUGGCAGGAGUUACUGUCAAUCUUGCUUCGGUGGCGCUUGGAACCUGCCUUGGAUGGACAUCUCCGAUGGGUCCGGUGUAUAAUUCUAACGAUACCAGCAUAAAUCCGCUGGACGUUCCUCCAACAACGGCAGAGGAAUCAUGGAUUGGCUCGCUGGUUGCGCUGGGUGCUCUUAUAGCUCCUUUCAUUGCUGGACCACUGGCAGAGAAAUUCGGCCGCAAGUUAACCUUGCUCGGUAGUUCCGCUUUUUUCAUUGUGAGUUGGGUCCUGCUGCUAACAACUACCACGGUCGGACAAAUACUGGCAGCACGAUUGAUUCAAGGUUUUGGCGUAGGUUUCGUGAUGACUGUGCAGACAAUGUACAUAGGUGAGAUCGCCAGUAACGAGUACCGAGGAGCACUAGGUUCGCUGAUGCAGUUGUGUAUUGUUUCUGGUAUUUUGUAUGUGUAUUCAAUCGGACCUUAUGUGAGCUAUUCCGCUCUGCAGUGGGCCUGCAUGGCUUUACCAAUAAUAUUCGCGGCAGCCUUCUUUUUCAUGCCAGAAACUCCUACGUUUUACAUUACUAAGGGUCGGUCAGAAGAUGCGACAGCUUCACUUCGUUUUCUGCGAGGAAAGUCAUCCGAUGGGGUUCAGGACGAGCUAAAGGAAACAACGCAAAGCGUGCAGGAAGCGAUGCAAAACAAAGCCAGCGUUAUGGAUCUGUUUAAAAGCAAGGGUAAUAUUAAGGCUCUGAUCAUUUGUGCAGGAUUAAUCAGUUUUCAGCAGUUGUCCGGAAUCAACGUGAUCCUGUUCUACAGUCAGAUGAUCUUUGCUAAAACGGGUAGCAGUUUGGAACCUGCUGUCUCAACCAUUUUGGUUGGCGUUGUACAGGUACUUGCUAGUGGUGCAACUCCACUGAUUGUUGAUCGGCUAGGUCGCAAACCAAUCCUGUUGGUUUCUGCUGCUGGCAUGUGCCUUGCCCAUGGAACCAUGGGACUAUACUUCUACAUGGAUUACAUUAAGUCGGAUGCAGUGGAGAGCAUCAGUUGGCUACCGAUUUUCUCCUUAAUCUUUUUCGUCACGGUGUACUGCGUCGGGUUCGGACCAUUACCGUGGGCCGUGCUGGGCGAAAUGUUUCCGGCCAACGUAAAGUCCAUCGCAUCUUCGAUAGUUGCGUCGACCUGUUGGGUGCUGGGUUUUCUCGUGUUGCAGUUUUUCUCGACGCUCGACCAGGCCGUCGGCUCCCAUUGGUCGUUCUGGAUAUUUGGAAUUAUGUGUGCGGUAGCGUUCGCGUUUACCCUGACCACCGUAAUGGAGACCAAAGGUAUGAGCUUACAGCAGAUUCAGGAUAAACUAAACGAGUGAACGGAAAGAUAACCUAGUUGUAAAUGUUUUGUGAAUUUUAUGAACAAAACACUAACUCGUGAUAUGUGUUAAAUUCAAAUGUGUUAUAUUUGUAUAGGUAUUGUGCAAAGAUUUCAUUGUUCAAAGUUAAUGUUUUUGCACACAGCUCACACCAAUGUUAAGUUAUGUAAACGGUUUGUUUAGAAACUAACGCGAUUUAAAAAUGUAAUUUUAUAGUCCCAAUAAAAAAAUUGAAAAAGA